AUGCCUCCUCCUUCAGCCGCUGAUACGAUCCGUAUCAUGAUCUCGACAGAUAACCAUGUCGGAUAUGGAGAACGCGACCCGACCAGAGGAAAUGAUUCUUGGGACACUUUCGACGAGAUCAUGACCAUGGCUCGUGAAAGGGACGUCGACAUGGUGCUUCUCGCUGGCGAUUUGUUCCACGACAACAAGCCUUCUCGCAAGGCCAUGUAUCAUGUUAUGCAGUCUUUCCGCAAGAAUUGUUUCGGUGAGAAACCGUGUGAGCUUGAGAUGCUCAGCGAUGCGUCAGAGGCAUUCCAAGGCGCAUUCAACCAUGUCAACUACGAGGAUCCAGACAUCAACGUUGCGAUUCCUGUCUUCUCGAUCCAUGGAAACCACGAUGAUCCUACUGGAGAUGGUCACCUCGCAUCUUUGGACCUGCUGCAGAUGGCUGGCAUGGUCAACUACUAUGGUCGAACACCCGAAUCUGACAAUAUCGUGAUAAAGCCUGUGCUGUUGCAAAAAGGUCGCACCAAGCUCGCACUGUACGGCAUGAGCAACGUCCGUGAUGAGCGCAUGUUCCGUACCUUCAGAGAUCAAAAGGUCAAGUUCUACCAGCCUGGCACACAAACAGGAGAAUGGUUCAACCUCAUGAGCGUUCAUCAAAACCAUCAUGCUUACACCGAGACUGGAUAUCUCCCCGAGAACUUCUUGCCAUCAUUCAUGGAUCUGGUCAUUUGGGGCCACGAGCAUGAAUGUCUGAUCAAUCCUCGCUACAACCCUGAACAGACCUUCCAUGUCAUGCAGCCUGGCUCAUCGGUUGCCACGUCUCUCAUGCCAGGUGAAGCUGUAACAAAGCAUGUCGCCAUCCUCAGCGUCACGGGAAAAGAAUUCAAGUGCGAGCCAAUCCGUCUAAAGACCGUCAGGCCAUUUGUGAUGAGGGAGAUUGUACUUCAAGACGACGCUCACAUGAAACGGCUCGCCAUGAAGGACGACAACCGUACAGAAAUCACUCGAUACCUCUCAGCUAUUGUGGAAGACAUGAUCAAGGAAGCUGAGCAGGCCUGGCGCGACGCCCAGGAAGAAGAAAUCGACGAGAACACCACGGUACCGACGCCCUUGAUUCGUUUACGUGUCGAAUACACCGCUCCCGAAGGUGGACGAUUCGACUGUGAGAAUCCACAGCGUUUCUCCAACCGCUUUAUGAAAAAGGUGGCCAACGUCAACGAUGUCGUUCAAUUCCACCGCAAGAAGACUGGCACUAGCAGGAAGAAGGAGCAGCCUGAUAUGCCCGAUGAGUCUGUCUUGCAAUCAAUGGCUAUCGACACCGUCAAGGUAGAGAAGCUCGUCCAGGAGUUUCUUACAGCGCAGUCCCUGACCAUCCUGCCACAAAACGCGUUUGGUGAUGCUGUUAGCCAAUUUGUGAACAAAGACGACAAGCACGCAAUGGAAGCUUUUGUUGAUGAGAGUCUUAUCGGUCAGUUGAAGAAUCUCUUGAACGGCGUGAGUGUCGAAGACGAGGAUAUAACGGAGAUUAUGAUGGGUUUCAAGACGGGAAGAGAAGAGCUGUUUGCCAAAGGCAACUUGAAGCGUACCGUCAGAUCUGACAAGCUCAAGCCCAAGCCAGACAGCUGGGACUCAGACAUGGACGGAACCUGGGCCGAUGACCCUAGUGCAAUCAUACGCUCCGACGAUGAGGCCGCAGAAGAAGAAGAGAUGGCACCGCCCAAGACCAAGGCAACUCGAGGUAGAGGAGGCAAGACUGCUGGAACUACACGCAAAACGACCGCCGCCACCAAGAAAGCUGCACCUGCCAAGAAAACCACAACUCGUGCGAGAAAGGCACCAAUCGAGGAGGAGUCGGAUUCGGAGGAUGACGAUGUUAUCAUGCUCGACGAUGACGACGAGGAUGUUCCGGAUGUUGACGACGAGGAUGAGGAGGAUGACUUGUUUGUUAAGGAGGCACCAAAGAUAAGGGCACCCGCAAAGGCCGCAGCAAAGUCGACAUCAAAGCGUGCUGCUUCACCCGUAAAGCGCAAAGCACCUGCCCGUAGUACGGCAAAAGCCCCUGCCGCUAGGCAAACGACUUUGAGCUUCUCGCAGACUCCUGCACCAUCGCAAGCACGUACCACUGGAGCUCGUGCUGGACGCAAAGCCCCUGGACCGAGCGAGGAUGAGAUUUCCGACGACGAUGACGCCUUUGAGCCUCCACCUACAGCAACUCGUCCUGCUGCACGUCGAAAGUUCUAA